UAGUCUCUAUUCUUCUUUAUUGAAGAACGAUAGCUAGGGUUUCUAUUCGUCUCUCAUUCUAUGUAUUGUUUUGUUUCUCUUUCUUGGGGGCUUACCUUUGUUUGUGAAUCAGAACCUAUGCUCAAUUAGCUUAAGAAUUACCCAGUAGUUUGUUUGAAUCGGGGGGAGUUUGGGUGGGAGAGCCUAGGGUUUGUGAUUUGGGGGGUUUUGGUGUGGUUGAGGUGGGGAGGGAAAGAUUGAAUCUUGGGGAUUGUUUUUGUUGGUGGGGUUUUGAAGAUGGUGGGGAAUCGUGGAUCGGUUGCCGUCUGAUCGCUGCUUUUCCGGUGGCGAGCAACUGUCCGAUUUGAGGGGUGGGGGCUUUUGUAUCGAAACUCGAAACCGCAAGCGGGCGAAGACGUCCUCAGCAGCCCCUUCUUCUGGACCCACCACCCGGUUGAGCAAGCGACCUCGUAUCUCUUCUUCUUCUUCUUCGACGAUCCCAAUUCCAUCGAACCCCAACGCCCACGCUGUAGUGAAAAAAUAAUUUCGAGGGGAGCGGGGCUGCACUUUGACCGAAGCCAGCGCGUUGAUCGGCAGAAAUAUCGGAAAUUUCCCGAAAAAUCGGCAAAAACCGAUAUUUGCCGAUUUUUCGACGAUAACUUCGAAAAAGAGCGAAAUUCCUUCCAACCGAUUAUCGGUCCUCAAUGUCGUAUCGAGUUUCACCGAUGGCCGAAAUAUCGGCGAAAUUUCGCGGAUAAAAAUCGACAUUUCAAUCACUGCCAAAGACCUUCUCUCUCUUUUUCCCAGACUUUUGCAGGUGCAGCACAAACAAUCCAAAAAUGGCCUCUACCAGCGCGCAGAAAGCCUCUUCUUCUACUUCUACUCCUCAUAGUUAUGAUGUGUUUAUAAGUUUUAGAGGUGAAGACACUCGCAAAAAUUUCACCGAUCAUCUCUAUACAACUUUGGUUGCAUAUGGAGUUCAUACUUUCAGAGAUGAUGAAGAACUUGAGAAAGGAGGAGAUAUUGCAUCAGAUCUCUUGAGAGCCAUUGAAGAAUCAAAGAUUUUCAUUAUUAUUUUCUCGACAAAUUAUGCUAACUCCAGGUGGUGUUUAAAUGAACUCGUAAAAAUUUUUGAGUGUACGACACAAAAGCAAUCAACAAUUUUACCAAUUUUCUAUCAUGUGAAUCCAUCGGAUGUACGAAAACAGUCGGGAAGUUAUGGAGAUGCGUUUGUGGACCACGAAAAAGAUGCAGACGAGAAGAAGAUGGAGGUGAUACAAAAGUGGAGGACUGCCCUGAACCAGGUAGCUAGUCUAUCCGGAUUGCACGUUGAUGAACAAUACGAGACACUGGUUCUCAAGGAAAUUACUGAUGACAUCAUUAGAAGAUUGAAUCGUAAGCCUUUAAAUGUGGGCAAGAAUAUAGUUGGAAUGGAUUUUCAUUUGGAAAAGUUGAAAUCGUUGAUGAAUAUCGAGUUGAAUGAAGUUCGUGUGGUUGGGAUUUAUGGAAUUGGUGGGAUUGGUAAGACUACUAUCGCCAAGGCUGUUUAUAAUGAUAUCUCAUAUCAAUUUGAUGGUAGUAGUUUUCUUAACAAUGUUAGAGAAAGAUCCAAAGACAAUGCACUUCAAUUACAACAAGAACUACUUCAUGGUAUCUUAAAGGGAAAAAGUCUAAAAGUAAGCGAUAUGGAUGAAGGAAUUCAGAUGAUAAAGAGGAGUCUUUGCUCUAAAAGGGUUCUUGUUGUUUUUGAUGACGUGGAUGAUUUGAUGCAACUAGAAAACUUGGCAGAAGAGCAUAGUUGGUUUGGUCCAAGAAGUAGGAUCAUCAUAACAACUAGACAUAAACGUUUUCUAACCCAAUAUGGAGUCAAAGAAUCAUAUGAAGUUCAAAAACUGCAUGAUGAAGAAGCUAUUGAGCUGUUUAGUUUGUGGGCUUUCCCACAAAAUCUUCCUAGCGAAAUUUAUAAAAAUCUCUCCUACCGGGUAGUAGAUUAUGCUAAAGGUCUUCCACUAGCACUUAAAGUUCUAGGUUCUUUUCUCUUUAAAAAGACAAUAAGUGAAUGGGAAAGUGCAUUAUGUAAACUUAAAACAAUACCCCAUAUGAACAUUCAAAAUGUACUCAAAAUGAGCUAUGAUGGACUCGAUGAUGUGGAAAAGGGAAUAUUCCUUGAUAUUGCAUGUUUUUUUAAAGGGAAAGAUAAAGAUUUUGUUUCAAGAAUAUUGGAUGAGGAUUUCUAUGCAGAAAGUGGAAUUGGGGUUCUCCAUGAUAAGUGUCUCAUAAGUAUUUCUGAAAACAAGUUAGACAUGCAUGAUUUGUUACAACAAAUGGGGUGGGAAAUUGUUCGCCAAGAAUGUCCAAAAGAGCCUGGAAGACGAAGUAGAUUGUGGGAACAUGAUGAUGUUUAUCGUGUACUAACGAGGAAUAUGGGGACCGAAGAAAUUGAAGGAAUAUUCCUAGACAUGUCUAGAUCAGAGCAUAUACAAUUUACGACAGAAGCUUUCAAAAUGAUGAAUAGACUUAGAUUGCUCAAAAUCCAUCAAGAUGCUACAUAUAAUUCUGUAGUAAAAUCUUGGAUGGUUGUGGACCCUUCUCAAGUGCACCUCUCUGAAAUGCACGUUACUGAAGAAUUUGAAUUUCCAUUUUAUGAGUUAAGAUAUCUCCAUUGGGAUGGAUAUGCUUUACAAUCUUUGCCAUUGAAUUUUCAUGCGAAAAAUCUUGUCGAACUCAAUUUGCGGUUUAGCAACAUAAGACAACUUUGGAAAGGAAAGGUUCUUGAAAAAUUAAAGGUCAUCAAUCUCAGUUAUUCACAACAUCUCAUAAAAUUCCCAGACUUCUCAAGUGUGCCAAAUUUGGAAAUUCUAAUCCUUGAAGGGUGCAUAAGCCUUGAGUCUCUUCCAAGGGGCUUCUAUAAAUUGCAAUGCCUACAAAUUCUAUCUUGUCGUGGCUGUUCAAAGGUAAAAAGAUUUUCAGAAAUCAAGGGCAAUAUGAGAAAGCUAAGAGAGCUUAAUUUAAGUGGAACAGCAAUAAUGGAGGUACCACCAUCAAUUAAACACCUAAAUGGUCUUGCAGACUUGGAUUUGGGAAAUUGUAAGAACCUUGUCAGUCUUCCAGAGAGUAUUUGUAGUUUGAAGUCUCUUAAAACUCUCAAACUGAAUGACUGUUCAAAGCUAAACAGCUUUCUAGAAAUCAAGGGUGGUGAUAUGGAAAACCUAAGAGAGCUUGAUUUAAAUUCAACAGCUAUAGAAGAGCUUUCAUCUUCAAUUGGACAUCUAAAAGCUCUUGAAUACUUAAGUUUGGCAUAUUGCAAAAGCCUUGUGAGCCUUCCCGACAGCCUUUGUAAUUUGACCUCUCUUAAAAUUCUUGAAGUUCGUGGCUGUUCAAAACUCGAAAAAUUGCCGAAGGACCUAGGGCAGUUGCAAUGUUUAGAGAAACUUUCCUUAGCAUCCAUUAGCUGUGCAUUGCCUUGUUUGUCAGGUUUAUGCUCCUUAGGAUUCUUAGAUCUAAGUAAGUGCAACCUAACACAAGGAGUAGUCCAGAGUAAUAACUGCUUGUCCUCAUUAGAGGUACUACUGAUGGGAAAUUGCAAGGUAAUGGAAGUAGAGAUCCUCAAUCUUAUUUUCCACCUAUCAUCAUUGGAGAUGUUAGAUCUAAGUAAUUGCAAUCUAAUGGAAGGAGAAAUCCCCAGUGAUAUCAGCCACCUAUCAUCACUGGAAGAAUUAUAUCUAUAUGGGAACCAUUUUAGUAGUAUACCUACUGGCAUCAAUCAACUUUCUAGGCUGGUAGGCCUUGAUUUAAGUCACUGCAAGAAGCUUCUACAAAUUCCAGAACUUCCAUCAAGUCUACGACUUUUACAUGCACAUAGCUCACCUGGUACAUUAUCAAGCCCCUCAUUUCUGCCACUGCACUCUCUAGUCAAUUGCUUCAAAUCAGCAAUUCAGGAUGUUGAAUGCAGGAGUAAUUCAGGUGAAGUAAAUUUGGGUGCUUCUAACUAUUUAGGCGAGGGAAUUUGUAUCGUUAUUCCUGGAAGUAGUGGAAUUCCAGAGUGGAUAAGUAUGCAGGAAAUGGGAAGUGAAGUAACAAUGGAGCUUCCUGAGAAUUGGUACCAAAAUAACGAUUUCUUGGGAUUUGCUUUAUGCUGUGUUUAUGUUCCAGUCGAUGAUGAACCCGAGGAUGAAUCAGAGCAUGAAUCUGUGCAUACAGUAGAGAAUGAGUCAGGUGAUGAAUCUGAGCUUGAAUCUGGAGAUGGAUUUGAGACUGAAUUAUUUCCAUCCGCUUGCCGCUUUGAAUGUGCUUUGACUAUCCAUGGUGAUCAAUCAAAAUAUGUGGAUCAUCUUUCAUUUUACUCUGAUUGCGAAUGUUAUGUUGAUGACAAUGAUGGCGAAUCAAAUCAAGUGUGGGUGAUAUGUUAUCCCAAGGUUGCUAUUGACCAGAGGUAUCGCUCUGAUCAAUGGACACACUUCAUGGCUUCAUUUAAGGGCUUUUACAACUUUGGUGAAAGAACCUUUAAAGUGAUGAAGUGUGGGAUUCAUCUUAUAUAUUCCCGGAACCUUAAUGAUUUGGUGGAAAAGUCAAAGUGGAAGAGAAUGCAGUCCAUCUAAUGUAUGUCAAGAUCAUGAACAGAACCUUAUGCCCAUUACAGACGAUGCUAAGAGAAACCAUAAAAGAUUCAGAGGAUCACAACACUAAUCUCAAGCUUUAGAUUCACUCACACUUGCUUCAGUAAUGCUCUGUUUAUUGGACACAGGAGACUUGGAGUGAGUACUAAUCUAGCCACAGUGGACCUCAACCUGAAGGCCAAAUUCUUAGGGCGACGCUAGGAUUAAUAAAGCCAUUGUUCCGAUGAAUUCACUCUUUACUGUUGAUCUGAAGAAAAUGACACAAGUCAUUGCAGCUUAGCUGAUGAGUCAAAGCCCCAAUACUUAUUGAUUGAGGCAAGAUGAGAAUCUUAAAUAAGGAAUAAGCAGUCAAAUAACGAUGAGAAGAGCAUUUCCAUUUUUAGUAUAAAUUUGGUUUCCAAUGUUUUGAGAGAGAAGAACGGGGAAAGGAAGAAGGGGGUAUGGUUUUGUGGUGGGUGUCUUCUAGCUGCUUCAUCUUCAUCUUAUUCUCCUUUCCAUAAUAUUUUCUGCAGCCAUUUUCAAAAACCCAUAAUCACCAGCACCACCUUAGCCUCCAUAACCUCCACCACCAUCCACAACUACAACUUCUCACCAUUCUGGCACUGCCAACCCCAUGGAGCUUAAAGCAACCCUGGUCACCAUGACCAUCCACAAGCACUGCCCUCUAUGAGCAUCACCAAGUGAAGCAUGCCAUGAGCUCUACAACCUCCACUGUCCAUGUCAAGCUCUCACGGUUUCACACCACCAGUAAUUAUCUGAAGAUUCCCCUCCUUCAUUGGCAUUGCAGCGCUCGAGCUUCUUGCCAAGUGGCAAGCAUGGUGUUGGAGUCAUAUUCUAACUCGACGCUAGCUAAAACAUGAAGCAUGGUGUCCUCAUCUAAUAUGGAUGUUCAAAAGUUCCAAGAUUGUCGGCAAACAUCUUCAUUUUUGGUAAGAUAAUCAUCCAUGGACGUUGACCCUUUUCUUGUUUGGAGUUAAAUUUUUUAUUGGAAAACUGUAGAACAAGCUUCGGAUGCAUACACCAUUUCCAACGCCUUCUAUGUCUCAUGAGUUGUUGAGAGGCUCACUCUCUUGGGUAAAAUGCUAUGUAAAAUUGAAGACUAUAACUAACACAGUAGUCUAUGAUCUAUCCUAACCCAUUUCAUGUAGGUUGGACUGAUGUUAAAUCUAGUUUCACCAGGCUUCUCCAUUGGUGGGAGCAACUUUUUUGGGAGUUUGUAUCUCAAAUAGAUAACUAUCUAAGUCAUGUCCUUUCAUAGUCGUAAUGAUGACGGAUUUUCAAAAUUGUUCCAAUCUAGUUUUAUUGGAAAUCUAAAGCUCCUAAUAUUGCCCAGCAAAGAGUUGUUAGUAAUGAAGGAUUAAGGCAGAUCAAUAUUGAGUGCUAAUGCAGUUGAGUCUACUACUGUCAUAGAUGGAAAGGAAUGCAAGUAUGCUGACUAGGCUUUAAUUUAUAUUGAUGAUGCCCAAUGGCUCUAAUACGAAGAUAGAAAAUAAAAAACAGAACAAAGAGAAUUUUAGGUUUGAAUGUGGCUCAACAUAGAGAUGGCAAACCACAACAAAUUCCAUUUAUAUGGCCAAGAGAAUACAUGAUGGUAUUUAUAGUCCCCCGACAACCAUGUACAAAAGGUUUUGUAUUGGAGAAAUGAGAAAUAAAAAGUAAAAGAACUUUAGGCUAGCAGUAGCACAAAUAUUGCAUUAUUGGGCAUUGAUGCAUGGUGCUGAAGUGAUGAUUUUCAAUAUCUUCUCUAACAUUGAUCUACUAACAUGCACAGUUACAGAGAAAAAUAAAGAAAAUUUAAUAAAGACAUGCAUGCAUAUAUAUAUUCACAAUUAAAGAUGAAGAAAAAGGCAAAGACAACAACAAAAUUUGUGGUGGUUCCACCAAGAAAAAGACGUUUUUGUGCAAAUGUUUUUUUAGUUUGUCUACUAAUUUUCUUAUGAAUUUCUUCAAAUUCAGAAUUUAUCUAUUUCUACUAGCAUCAUGUCUAUUUGGUUGUCAAGAAAAUAAAGAAAAUUAAUUUUCAUGAUUUUUGAGUAUAUAUCGGGCCUUUUCUCCACCAAACAAACUACAAAAAUUUAGCCUUAGUUUUCCUAAUCAUACAAUGAAAACAAUAAACAAACCAGAAUGAACUUAAAAAAUUAAACUAAACCAAAACCUCCAAACUGCUAUCAUUCACUAACUAGGCAAAUGUUUGAACCAAACUACCAAAGAUCUAACUAGAGACGUGCAAUUACCUUCAAUAGAAGGGGUUUGGAUAAGAGGGAGAGAUUUCAACUGCAGUUUUGCCCUAAAUUGGAUACGAAAUCUGUGGAGUUUGUAAUCUAGGGCUGCUGAAAUUAGUUCAAAGUUUUUAAGUUGGCUAUUAAUGUGGUUUGAAGCCAUUUCUAGUCUGCAUAUUAAUUUGAACAAAAGUGAGAUUUUGCCGGUGGGUAGAGUGGAGAAUGCUGAGUUAUUGACUAUUGUGCUUGGCUGUAAAGUGAGAUCUCUCCCUUCCACUUAUUUGGGGCUCCCUUUGGGUGCUUCACAUAAGUUGGUGAUGGUUUGGGACGGAGUGGAAGAGCGGAUGCGGAAGAAACUUGUCUUGUGGAAUUGGCAGUUCAUUUCUAAGGGUGGAAGAAUCACUCUCAUACGGAGCACUUUGGCAAGCAUGUCAACCUACCUUAUGUCAUUAUUGCGCAUGCCAAAAGUGGUUAAAUUAAUACUUGAGAAAAUUCAAAGGGAUUUUCUUUGGGGAGGGGGAGUGUUGGAGAAGAGGCCCCAUCUUGUAAAGUGGGUUGUUGUUUGUACUCACAAAAAUAUGGGUGGAUUAGGGAUUAGAAAUCUUUCCACUCUCAAUAGAGCCCUCUUGUGCAAAUGGAGUUGGCGUUUUGCGGUUGAAAGAGAUUCCUAUUGGAAGCUUAUUAUUAGUACGAAGUAUGGGGUUGAAAAAGGAGGGUGGAGCACUCGUGGGGUUAGGAAGGGCCAUGAGGUAGGGUUUUGGAAGGAAAUCAGUAAGGAAGGUUUGUUAUUGCUCAACAAUGUCUCAUUCUCGGUGGGGAUGGUAAAAUGGUGAGGUUUUGGAAAGAUAUUUGGUGUGGGAACAUUUCCCUUUGUGAGGCCUUUCCCUCUUUGUUUGAUUUAGCGGUUUCUAAAGGUGCGUGGGAGCGGACUAUUGGGAUCCAAUGGGGGAAAGAGGGAUGGUGGACUCCCCACUUCCUUAUACCUUUCAAUGAUUGGGAGGUGGAGAGAUUCCUUUCGUCCAUUCAAGGAAAGAGGUUGGAUACUGCUGUGGAGGAUAGGAUGGUAUGGAAAGAGACGAAAAAUGAGAUUUUCACUGUAAAGUCACUUUAUAAGUCUCUUGUUCAUAGCUGUGCAGUCUUGUUUCCGUGCAGUAUUAUUUGGAGUCCGUAUGUUCCUACAAAGGUGAGUUUUUUUGCUUGGGAAACCUCUUGAGGGAAGGUUCUUACUCAAGAUCAACUUAAGAGGAGGGGCUGGAUUUUAGCCAACAGAUGUUCCUUGUGUUGUGCUGAAGAGGAAACGAUAAAUCACAUCCUUGUUCAUUGCUCUAAGGUGAAGAUUUUGUGGGAUCUUGUGUUUUCUUUAUUUGGUGUUAAUUGGGUUCUUCCGUUUACGGUUAGAGACACUCUCUUAAGUUGGUAUGUUUCUUUUAAGGACAAGAAGCAUAGAAAGGUUUGGCGGGCAAUCCCUCUUUGUUUAUUUUGGACGGUUUGGAAGGAAAGAAAUAUGAUAGUCUUUGAUAAUGAGGUCUUGUCGAUUCAAAGAUUGAAAAAUUCCUUUGUUUGUAAUCUCUUUUCUUGGGCUAAAUCUUCUAUGGUUGUAGGCCCCUUAACUUUGUUUAACUUUGUAGACUGGUUGGGUUCUUGUUGAGGGCCAGUGAGGGCUUGUUUUUUGUUAUUUUUUUAGGUGACGCUUGUAUACUCCCUGUAUGCUCUGGGUUGCCUUUCAAACACCCUUUUUCUAAUAUAUCUUUGUGUGUUUACCUAUAAAAUAUAUAUAUAUAUAUAUAUAUAUAUAUUUGCAAAAAAAAAAAAAUGGAUAUGAAAGAGAGAGGGCCGCAAAGAAUUGGGUUUAUAUGCAGACCCAAUCUCUACCGCUUAGCCCACUGUUGGCAUAUUGGGCCUAUUUCCACUCCCCAUGAAAUACCAUGUCCAUAAUCAUUCUAUUGUUGUGGACAUAAUAGCACUCUAACUACAGCCCCGUACCCUAGGAAAUUUACCCACUUGAAUUUGGUACGAUCAUGACUAGUAGAGGCAAACCUCUCUUAAUCACAACUAUACACACCCCUAAGUCAUGAUUUUUGCUAACCCCUCUAAACACAACUGUACACACCUUUUGGUCAUGAGUUUUGCUAACCCUCACUAAAGUUGUGUGACUAUCUCCUCAUUUUCUCAUAGUGCUAUAAUUAUUUUUAAUUUAAAAAAACAGAAUCUUUUGUCUUAGUUUCAUGGUAGGUUUUAAGAAUAUAUGAAGAUGAUUUAUUCAUGUAUUUUCUAUAAGAGUUGAGUUACUGCUACUUUGUGUUUUUAAAAAAUAAAAAACAAGGAAAACGAAUCCAAACAACACUCAAAUGUGUAUUAGUUAUGAUCGAACUGCAUAAAUAUAAAUGGGCUUGAAAAUGACUCAAUUGUAUAUUUUGGUUCGACAGUUGAUGGAAGUGAGUAAAUGUAGUAUUGUAAGAUGGUUAAGCACGAAAUUGAAGUAAUCCUAAGGAAAUCUAAUAUCCAACUGUGUCAUGGGAUAUUUCAAUUCCUUGUUUAAAAAGUUGUAACUCAUCUAAAUUAAGACAUCUACACAAGCUAAACAACUCAAAAUCCGAUUAAGAAAGAAAGAGACACAACCCACCAAGAGACGUUAUGAGAAGAUUUGGCUGCAUAUCAAGCAUUUCUCCAGGUUCCUCAUCAAGGGUUGUCCUAAUAAUGCCUGCAUUCCGAGCAUUACUUUGGCCGCAUCUCAUUAUUGGAGCGGCCCGUUGCAGUGUGCUCUCCUCAUCAGCAGUAGAGCAAUGAAGUGAGUUUUUUCAUUGUGCAUUUGAUUGUGUGCGUGUUCUUCAUUAUUUCUCUCCUUUUCACACAUCACAUGACUAUCUUUAUGGUGUGUUGUCUUGCUUCUUCUAUCAUAUUUUCUUUCAUUUAUCCUCUAACACGCUUCCAGGACCAAUUUGCAGAAGAAAUGGACCCCUUUAUUUACUUUAUGCUGUAGUACAAGUCUUCAGCAAGUCCACUCCAAUCUCUCAUUUAGUGGAAGUGAGGCAUGGCUUGGAUUUCUCACCAACAUCUGUAAUUCUUAGAUCCGCAGGUUCAAUCUUUUGCUUCUUGUUCUCCUUUUCAGAAUUAUAUUAAUCAAUAGAAGCACUUUUCUCUAGAGGUAAUUUGGAGUGGUAACUCAAAUCUCUUCAUCUUUCUACUUCUCCAUAAUGGAUACUGCAACUUUUUCUUC